AUACUGCGUUGCGAUCGCAUGCGCGGUUGCUUUUAUUUGUAAACAGAUUGUUAUAACAUUUUUUGCGAAUAUAAAUUAAUUAUUAGCAUGGAUUUUUUUAAAAAAAUGGUUCGAUGAUUUUUUGAAUUUGCAGAACGCUUUCAACGGCUUUCGAACGUUACACGAUAAUGUCGUUCGAGACGCGCAGAAAAUUUCGGGAUAGUAAUAAUGAUUCAUGAAAAUAUUUUCCGACUUGACGAAUAUCACGCAAGUCUCUUCGGAUGUUACAUCAGUAACUCGUUUGUGUUCAUGUGCAUCGUAGAAUUUUCGGCGCCUUGAAAAUGUCUAUACUCAUUAUACCCACGCGAAUAAUAGAAAUCUAACGGAUAUAUUACGCACUUUUUGCGAAAAAAAUAAAAUAAUUUUCCACAUUAAAAACUAUGAAUGUAUCUAGUUUAAAAAAAUCUGUCUACAAAACGAAUGAUAAUAAUAAAAAAAAAAUGUUUAUCAAUCAAAAUUAAAUAAAUACCUUCUUUUUUCAAGUUUACACUCUUCCUAAUUGGUUUCAAACAAUGUAUCGUUAUACAGUUAUCCAAGCACACUCAAUAAAAAGAUAAUGCACAAGCGUAUUAUCUACAAAGCAAUAAAAACGUGUUAUCAUUAUCAAAACAGUACAUCGUCGUCGUUCGUUCCUUAUAACCUCUCCAAAUCAACAAACAAAAUACACCUCUCUCGACCCAAGUUCAAAACUUAACCCAGAAAAAAAAUUUUCGCGUGAUGCCUCGUGAAACCUAAAAGUCACCCUCAUGGAUCCUCAAAAUCCUCAAAAUCAUUCCCGUCGACUCCUCAGCGUCUCCGAAGCCCCGAAAAAUGUGCAGUAGUUGCAGACGAGAUGCCGAUGACGCGAGAAUUAAUGACGGAUGUUGCGCAGGUGGGAAAGCUCGACGUCAGCAGGGCUGUUGCUUAGAUCGUCCCUACGACUGCACAGGAACGAGACCACGAGGUCCAUCCGGUAGGGGCAAGUGUAGGUGUGAGCUUGAGGAGUCUUGGAACAAGUGCACACCACCGAGACCUCACAGGGACUGGCCGGGAAACUUCGGAGAGCUUAGGAGGAGGUGGAGCGAACACGUCAAGAGGCAGAGCUGCCCUUGCGAUGAUUGCCGAAAAAAGUCGAUUCUCCCGUUAACGUACAACGACACCGUCGAGACAAGCCCUAACACAGAUUGCGAGGACGAAUCGGACGACUGUCAACGACGUCACACGAGCAACAACUACAAGUGUCCGGCAUCAUCGCGUUUUUCGAGCUCUCGUCACAGUUCCGCUUCGGCCAAGAAUACAUCGGGGCGUUGCGACGCGGAUAACGGCUGCUGUCUCUGCCAAGCAGCAAGACGCGACUGCUGCUGUCCCUCGCCGGUGCAGGUAGACGCGCGUUCGCACGAAAACUGCAGCUGCGAGUGUCCGGAACCGGUCGAAUGUCCCUGUUCACCAGCGGAGCGUCGAUUUCCUCGUCCCGGUCGAAGAUGCACCGUUGCCGACUCUUGUCCGGUGAACCGAGCGAGGCACGAGCGUAGGAAGUGCCGAAGUCGAACCAGCAGUGAUUCCGAGGAUAGGCGUAGAGUAAACUCGCGACAAGAAAAGCACGAACAGCCGAAAAUCCAGAAAUGCCGCAAGAACACCCCCUACGAACCGAAACAUCAAAAUUCCAAUCGAUCAUCCUGCUGCUCCGCAAAAGCCACAUCGCACUGCCCUAAUCUACCAGGUUUCCCAAGAUGCUAUUUUGACCAACCAUCAAUUCUCCACGCAACACCUUGUCGCAGUCCGACUCUAUCAACGGCUCCACUGUUAUCUCGGCUGUGCCGCGAUAAUAACUCCUCUCGCGUCUGCUGCCAGCGUCAGCUCACGAUUCGGAGGUGGAGAAGAGGGACCAGCUGCUGCAGGAGCUAUGGAUACCGUCGUCACAGCCUCAGCGACGUCGAGGACGAAGACAGCAGUUGUACCAGCGGUAAAUCCUCGGACUGGGAUUGCCGGCCAAUAGUGUACGAGCGAGGCGAGCUGCUUAUUAUCGAGGACACGAAGGAUCUAGUCGCUGCUCGAGUGGACGAUAACGAAGCUGCCUCUGCGGAGGAUGAAUCGACCGGCUCACUUCGCGAACAACCGUCAUCCCCGCAUCAUCCACUUCCGAGUCCCCUACGGAAUUUCGACAGUCAUGCAGAGAACUGCGCGAAUCGGCCGUUAAAUCAUGCGUCUAAGCGCCGCAGCGACGAGACGAUCUUUUUCGACGUCGACGUGCUGGUAACGGAGGAAUCGAGCCUGUCGCUACGAUUUUGCGGUGAAGAGGGAAAAAAUGAGCCGGAAAAAAUGGCUCCAGCUUAUGGCGAGCUUGAGGAGAAGAUCAGCGGUGCCAAGAGGACGAAUCAGCUUUUUGAAGAAUUGAAUAAUUCGGGUUCAAAGUGUCGAGGUAACGAAGAGUCGCACAGAAAAUCGGUGAACAAACAGAUUUCAAGGAUGGAUCGACCGGAUAGGAUCAGUACCAUUGACCUGCACUGUUCCAAAUUCACAAUCGGAUACCCUGAAGACAAGAAGACUAAAAAGCCCGAAAGAUGCCCAGCGACUUGCCGGUACUUCGUAGGAUCCCAAAAAGCCGCUUCCGACGAUCAUCAACGAGUAUUGUCUAACCGCAAGAAGAGCAGAAGGCGAGUCUGAAACGGAUAAUCGCAUACAGACUUACAACGAUUCGCAGAAAAAUAAAAAUCCACGUAUCUCACUCUC